UCGUCCGUACGACAUAGUUGAAGAUUUUCUAGUGAAGGAAACCAGUGGUAAGUUCAAAUUUACUCUCUUCUCUCUUUAUUGUUGUCUGGUAUGUCUUCGUAGUAGGGGAGGGGAAAGAGUGAUCUCUUGUAGUUGGAGAAAUGGAAUUUGAUUUAACAACCUUUACUCUUUCUCCUACCACAGAGGUUUUUGAACGAUGCAGGAAAAAAGAUCUAUUAUUGAUAGCAGAUUUUUAUGAUGUUCGGGUGAAGAAAGAGACUACUAAGCAAGUUAUAAAAAAAGAGUUGUAUGACAAGCUAGUAGAGGAUGGUAUUUUGGCAGGGGAUUCGGAAAAGGAGAAAUCUCAGGGUGGUGCGCAUAUGGAUUUUUCAGAGGCGGAGCAGGUGCGAUUUGAUCCCAGAUUGGAGAUUAGACUUCGUGAAUUAGACUUAGAAAUAAAAAAACAAGAAUGUGAGUCUCAAAUGAUUAGGCUGCGUGUGAUAGAGGCGGAGAGGGAGCGUGAAGUUCAGUUGCGUACGUUAGAUCGAGAAGCAUUGAAGCCGGUGCCCGUACCUCGUUCUCGACUACCUGAGUCCCCAGGUUUACCUAGCUCCGUUCCAGCUUCUAAUGUUUCUGCAUUUGACAUUAGUAAAUAUGUUAAACUCGUGCCUCCUUUCAGAGAAGCUGAAGUUGAUGCUUAUUUUGUAGCCUUUGAGCGAAUAGCUGGUAAGCUCAACUGGCCGAAAGACAUGUGGGCGUUAUUACUUCAGUGUAGUCUCGUGGGUAAGGCACAAGAAGUUAGCUCAGCGUUAAGUCUGGAGGAUUCGCUUGAUUAUGAUGUGGUAAAGGCGACAGUGCUCCGCGUAUACGAGUUAGUUCCCGAAGCGUAUCGCCAGAGGUUUCGAUCUCAUACGAAGACAUCCAGACAAACGUAUGUUGAGUUUGGAAGAGAGAAGAGAGCGUUGUUUGAAAAAUGGUGCCUUUCUAGUAAAACUGACUCUUUUGAACAACUUUGUGAAUUGGUAUUGCUAGAGGAUUUUAAAAAGAGUAUUCCAGAAAAAGUUGUGCAGCAUUUAAAUGAACAGAAAGUAAUCGCGCUUGCCGAGGCCGCGGUAUCCGCUGAUGAAUUUGUGCUUACGCAUCGUAAGUUUUUUUUGCAAGAGUUACCAACUCCUAAUUUUUCGGCAGGCGCUGAUAAAUUUAUGGGGGAGGAGUCCCCUUCUCAAACUUUUUCUCGCUCGUGGAAAAACGGUGUUCGUCCAAAAAUGACUGGCAAAUAUUCGGCGCGUCAAGGAGACAGGCGGGCUUGUUUUUACUGCUUGGAUCCUGGUCAUUUAAUUUCCGAGUGUAGGGAAUGGAAUAAAAAGAAUGUGAAAACAAAAAGUGUAGCACUCACGCAGACGCUGCCAGGGUUGCGAGAGGCUGAAGUGUCUGGUUAUGAACCUUUUAUUCUAAAUGGGCAGGUGUCAAUUUCUGAUUCGCAGCUUACGCAUGUGUCGAUCUUGCGAGAUACGGGAUCUUUUCAGUCAUUCGUAUUAGAGAGUGUUUUACCUUUCUCUGAAAAUUCUUAUACCGGUACUGAUGUGUUAGUGCGAGGUAUAGAAAUGGGCUGUGUACAGGUACCUUUACACGAAGUGGACUUGAAAUCGGAUCUUGUCUCUGGCAUGGUUAAGUUAGGUGUUCGCAAACAGUUGCCUGUUGCUGGAGUACAUAUUAUUCUAGGAAAUGAUCUUGCAGGGGGCAAAGUUUUUUCUAGUCCAGUAGUAAUGCAUAAACCCAUGGUUAAGGAGCAGCCCGACCUAGGUGUUCAGUUCCCUGCUGCUUUUCCGGCAUGUGCAGUGACACGGGCUCAAGUUCAAAAGUUUCCCGAUGUUGUUAAUCUCUCUGAUUUGUUUUUAAACACAGAUUCCAAGACUGAAGAGUCAGAGUCAGGUGACGUGAGCAAAGUGACAGAGACUUCACUGAUUCUUGAAACUCAGCUUAAUGUUGGAAAGGAGAAGUUGGCAGCUGAGCAAAAAUCAGAUAUUUCCUUGACAGAGUGUGUUAAGGCAGCAGUCAACGUGAAAGACAGAGCGGAUGCAAAAGUAGGUUAUUUUUGGGAGAAUGAUGUGUUAAUGCGAAAAUGGAAACCGCGUUAUGAUGAAAAAGGUUUGCAGGAGACGUUUCAAAUUGUCUUGCCUGCUAGCUAUCGCGUUCCAGUUUUAAAAUUGGCACAUGAAAAUCUAAUGGCAGGUCAUUUAGGAGUGACAAAAAGUGUUCGCCGCAUUUCGAAAUACUUCUUUUGGCCUGGUCUUCGAUCAUCCGUUGUUAACUUUUGUCGCUCGUGUGAUGUGUGUCAGCGCAUUGGAAAGCCUAAUCAGAAAGUCCCCGUUGCCCCUCUAUAUCCCAUACCGGUGAUUGAAGAACCAUUUGAACGACUUAUUGUUGAUUGUGUGGGCCCGCUGCCCAAGUCCAAAUCGGGACACCAGUAUGUGCUAACAAUUAUGUGUGCCGCCACUAGAUUCCCUGAAGCCAUUCCCUUGCGUUCGUUAAAAGCACAGACGGUAGUGAAAGACUUGGUUAAGUUUUUUACCACGUUUGGUCUACCGCGAGUAAUACAGAGCGAUCAAGGAUCUAAUUUUACUUCUAAAACUUUUACACAAGUAUUGAAGGAAUUAGGAAUUAAGCACAGAGUAUCUAGUCCUUAUCACCCUGAGUCGCAAGGUGCCUUGGAAAGGUUCCAUCAAACCCUUAAAACUAUGAUUCGUGCAUAUUGUUUGCAGACAGGAAAGGACUGGGUGGAGGGGCUGCCUUUUCUGUUAUUCGCGGCCAGAGAAGCAGUUCAGGAGUCCUUGGGAUUUAGUCCCGCCGAACUGGUGUUCGGACACACCGUGAGGGGUCCGCUUAAAUUGCUGUAUGAACAUUUGUUGAUGAAAACUCCUUCUUCUGUGUCUCUCUUGGAUUAUGUGAGUUCUUUCAGAGAGAGACUUCAUAAAGCGUGUGAUGUAGCCAAGGCUCAUCUAUCGGUCGCUCAGUCGAAAAUGAAGACUCAGUUUGAUAAAAAGAGUGUCAGGAGGAAUUUGCAGGCUCCGGAUUUCCGUCGCCCAUUUAAGCUGCAUGUGGAUGCGAGUUCAUCUGGGGCAGGAGCAGUAUUAUUACAAGAGGACCAUAUGGACAUUGAUCAUCCUGUGUGCUAUUUUUCCAAAAAGUUUUCAAGGUGUCAAAGUAACUACAGCACAAUUGAGAAGGAGGCUCUUGCGUUAGUACUGGCGCUCCAGCACUUUGAAGUUUAUUUGGGAGGUAGUAGUGUGCCCAUUAUUGUAUUCACCGACCAUAAUCCUCUGACGUUUCUUUCCCGUAUGUGUAAUGCCAACCAGCGUUUGAUGCGAUGGGCGUUAAUUGUACAGGAAUACAACCUGGAUAUUAGACAUCUAAAAGGGACUGAAAAUGUUGUAGCGGAUGCGCUGUCCAGGGUCCAUGCUGAGCCGUAAGAAAGGAUGUUUUAUUUUUUUUUCCUAGUUGGGGGAAAAUAGGAAAAAUUUA